AUGGAUGAAAUUAAAUGUAAUAAUCGUGGAGAGAAACGACAACGAACUGCAUAUACACGUAAUCAAGUAUUGGAAUUAGAAAAAGAAUUUCAUUUUAAUAAAUAUCUUACAAGAAAGCGACGAAUUGAAAUCGCACAUUCAUUAAUGUUAACUGAACGACAGGUGAAAAUUUGGUUUCAAAAUCGACGAAUGAAACAUAAAAAGGAGAAUAAAGAAAAGCCAACAUCAUCAUCCUCUUCCACAGUUUCAUCGUCAACAAUUCCUUUUCCAACAACAACAACAACAGCUUUACCAUUUCAUCACCUUACUUCAUUCAAUACUCGUAAUUUUCUUUUAACUAAUAAUUAUACAUAA